AUGAGUGACUAUCGUAGUCAUGAAAUAUUCAUAACACAUGGAGAUGAUAUAAUGGAUGAGGCUUCAAGUGAUGAUGAAGCUGGUGGCGAUAUGAUGGAACAAGAUAAACCUCCAAAACCACCUACCGCACCAAAGACAAAACAAUUAGCAAAGGUUAAACCAGAACCAAUAGAGACUGAAGCAGCACCACCAAAAUAUGACUUGAAUGAUGUGUUGAUGGACGAUGACUCGAGUGACAGUGGAAGCAGCGAGUUGGACUUUACAUCGUCAUCGUCGGAAGAGGAAGAAAAUAGUGGUGACGACUACGUACCAGAUCGUGGUGAAUUAUCAAGUGACGAUGAAGAAUUCCAAAUGCAUUAUACAGAAGAGAGUACAUUGAAUCAUGUAUUCAUGCCAUCGUCAUUGCCAACUUCAUGGAGCGAACAAGAUAGACAUGGUGAAAAGCAAGCUGUUUCUUGGUUAGCCGAUUAUCUGUCUGAUCAAGAUGACCUUGCAUUCGAGUCUCCAUUACCAUUGGACAAGGUUAUUUCAAGAUAUAUUAGAGAUAUUGAAGCACCACCAGCUCCAGAAGUGCUCGUAACUCGUUUGCAAGCACAUAAUGCCAACACUCCUAUGGCUGUCUACAUCAAACAUUCAAAUUGUAUCAUCGUGUUUAGAAGUAUCGGUGAAGAGGAAAUAGAGAUUGACACGAUCCAAAUCAUGCCAGUCAACGAUUUUAAUUGCAUGUCUAUGAAGAUGCGAUUACUCGUUCCUCAUUCUACCACAAAGGUGGCGGCUGCAAAGACAUACGAGAGAACGUUUAUCGACUAUCUCGUUGCACUUCGUGAUACUGCUGCUCCGAUGGCCAUGUCUCUCCCCGAGAUCAACGGAAAGCGCGAGGAAAGGGGUAUCAUGUCUCCUUGUCUUGUCACUGAUUGGUUGUUACCAUCUUUGUGUGGUACGGCAGUAGACCCUAAAGACUAUGCACUUUGGAAGAGUGUGCGUACCGAAAUGAUCGUAGACACCAAGGUUGAUAGUGCUCCAUGGAGACGUUCACCUAUUUAUCAAGGUGCAAAGAGUUUGAUGCAUCUCUUGAUCAACAUCUAUUCGCCAUAUCAUCCAGAAGAGACUUACAAGUGUCUAAUGAUUGGGUACAAGGGUUUCCUCAUCGAGAAGAGCAAGCCAUAUAUCGUACUUCGAGAGGUCAUCAAAAAGUUUACAUUGCAAUGUGAAAAGUUAAUCAAAAAGUAUCAAAGAAUCGAUUAUGAUGUUGUCAUGGGAUCGGUCAAGAAUGCGUCUGAUAUUGUAGAGGAGGCAUCAAAGGCGUUGGACAAACAAUGGCAAGGUUUCUUGACCUACGAAAAUGGAACUGGAAAUAUCGAACUUCAAGUCAGAGGAACAUGUGUCAAACUUUCAGAAGAAGCCAGUACACAGUUCAACUUGCGUGAAGCCAAGGAAAAGAUAAAGAGACAGGCUGAAUUUAGAUCAGCACAAAACACACAUCACGUACAAAUCAGUCCUGCAUCGAUGGGUAUCAAGGAACCAAUCAUCUUGCCCGGAAACCUCAUUUCAAACGAUGUCAAUGCCAUUGCCAAAAAAUUACACAGUAUCUUGACCGACAACAAAGACUCUAUCGAAAUCGUAUUGCUUGCUCAGAUUGAAGAGAUUCUUCCUCACAUUUGGAAUCAACGAAAACGUGUCACAGACUCACAAUCCAUUCUCGAUCUAUUCAAGUCGUACGUUGAAAUUGCCCAAGAAUUCUAUAAAACCAAUCCCAUGUUGUUUAGUCGUAUGAUUCUCACCAGUUAUGCGUUUGUAGCAGUGUUGGAUCACACUGCAGCCAACUUUAGCAACGAUCCACAGAAAACAGCAUUGUAUAACAGCAAAGCUGCCUAUGUCAAUCUUAGAAUUCUCGGCAAUCUCUUGCUUUGUUAUGGAUGGCAAUACGAUUUGGCAGAGUCAAUCGAAGACUACUUUAAAGAUCGAAAUUGUCAUCAAGCCACUUUGGAAAACUCUAUUUUCGGAAUCAAAGAUAACAGUUUGGCACAUCAAUGGGGUUUGAAAUACCUAAACAACAUUAGAAAAGAACUGGUUGCCGAAGGUGAUAGAAAUAUGAAGGCAAUGAAAGAAACAUACAGAGCAACAAGAAGAAAAUUGGAUGCAGAUUUAAAGGAAGCAAAGUCUGCCUAUGCCAGAGCACGUGACCAACGAUCAACAAGAGCCGCCCAAAAAGAGAUUGAUGCGGCCAACAAAUUCAAGCUCAAAGUCUAUGAAUUCCCUCUGCCAAAGCUCGAGGUGGAGCAACAUGUUGUCAUUUUUGAAAACAACAUUCCACCUGCCAUUUCACAUGCUCGUGAUGCCUAUGGUCUGUUGGCAUCCAUAUGCGGAACCAAAGGAUCGUUUUCAAUGCAAGACUUUUGGUGUGAUGACCAUACCAAACGUCUCAUUUCAUUGACGAGUGACACUAAAGCUCUAUCGAAACAAAAAACACUUGUAAAUAUUACCGUUAUCGAUAACACUGAAGACUCGUUUGCCAUCCAAUCAAGACGUCAUGUAUCGGGUAUCGGUUACACUCUCAAACACACUCUGUCUCCCUUGGAGAAAUGGGCCAUCGUCAUUAAAAAAAUGACCCUUCAAAUCCCACCAGCCAUUCCAGAACACAGCUUGCAAUGGAUUGUCGAGCAACACGAAGGUGCCAGCGAGAAUGAAAUUCUUGCCAAGCAACUAUGUACACCUGCAUCCAUGUCGCAAUUGGAUUAUCUCAAGUUUGGAUUUUUGCGUUGUGGUGGAUCUUUGCAACUACUCAACAUACUUAGAUUCUUUGAAGAGAAUAGUAAUCUUAAUAAUAUCCCAACUUAUGUAUUGAUGCAUCAAAUACUUUAUCAGUGUGGUCCAGCACUCGACGAAAAGAUCGUUGAAGAAGACGCACCCAUUCUCACUAGACCUUGGAAGAACGUGUUGAAUGACGACCAGUACAUCUUGAUUCUGUGUCAAAACAUUCAAAGACUACUCGAAGAGAGUGAAAAGAAUUGGGAGUCUCACUAUCAACUCACCUUUUUCAUUCAGUUGAUUACAACCAUCUCAAAUAUUGCCGAUCUCGCAGACAAUCAAAUGCUCUUGGACACGUUGGCCAUGUGUCGUGGUGUUGCUCAAAAGUGGACCGAAAAACUCGAAGGUUUGCGUAGCAAGGCCCUUUUAGAGAAAAACAAUGAAGAGUCUCAAUACUAUCAAAGCAAAUUGGUGCAUGCCAGCAUUUGCACAGUCUUGACAUUUGACUGUCUUCCCGAAAUCGAUGAUAUCAAAGGAUUAGAAUAUCUCAAAGCCAUCUCAACCAUUAAAAGACACACCUUUAAUGAAGCAUUGACCAUCACUACCGUCGACCCUGAACUUUUCAGUCAUCUAAUGGUCAAAGUCAAUUGUAUUUCAUAUCAAAUGGCAAUGCAAUUAAAUGUUCAUUUAGAAACUCAAGAUGCAGUUUUAACAAACUUUGUUUCUCGUCAAAUGGGUAAUCAUAGAAGAGAACAAACCGUACUUCAAAAUCAAAAUCAAAAUAAUAAUAAUAAUAAUAACAAUAAUAAUAAUAAUAAUGAAGAUCAUUAUGCACAUCAAGAUCAAUAUACCUAUACUAGAUGGAAAAAGAUUAAUGAAAGUGGAGUACUUUGGACAAGUAGUAGAAGUGAUGGUGUUUCAGUACAAGUUGGUAUUUUCGAUGGCUCCUUUUUCAUUAAUGGUGUAUCAUUGUUUAGACUUCCACCAGAUGUUGAAAAUAAUACACUUUUCCGUAACACAUUUGGUGGUUGUAUUUUAGAUGUUGAAGUUAUUGGUGAUAGAAGAUGGAAAACAAGUAGAAAUUAUAAUGGUAGAUAUUAUGAAUUUGCGUUAAUAGAUGUUGAAGAUGCACAACCAGAUGUUAUUAUUCUUGAAAAGAAUGAAACAAGUGGAAAUGAUACAUGGUAUUUAUUGGAUCCAAAGUACUUGAAGGAUAAUGAUGUCCCACCUUCAAUGGCCAGAGAAUACUCUCAUUGGGUAAAUCCUCACUCUUGGGCUAUUCAGUUCCGUCCCAUCAGUUUUACAAAGUUUGCCAAAUUCUUUGCCAGUGAACCAAAGUACUCUGGAAACAUUCACAAUGGUGAAAUAUUAAACGACAAGAAACAAGCACUCGUCAACUAUAACAAUUUUAAUCUUCAGGUUAAAAAGUCGAUUGAAAAGGUUUUCAAUAUGGCAAGUCCUGAACACAUUCACAUUUUCCUUGCCGGUGAAAACACCUAUCUCAUUCACCUUUACCAAUAUGGUCUCGAUUUCCUCACCUCGGUAGAUCGAACGAAUUCUGCCAAACCAAUUGGAACCAUCACAUCACUCCAAUACUAUGGAUAUCAGAUUGCCAAUCAACAAUUCCUUGGUACUUUAAUUGGUCUUAAAACUAUUCUAGUUUUGGAACCAAGUAUUGCUGGUAUUUCUGAUAAAAAGGUUAUUCUUCCUCAUGCUUCAUUUAGAGCUGCUCAUAAAGAACCAACUAGUACAAGAUAUAAAACAAAGUUUCAUCAUACAACAGCAGAUACUUCAAAUCUUCAACAUCCAGCCUACUUUAUUUACAAUGUAGAUGAAGAAUUGGGUUUGUUAAAGGCAACCAAUACCGAAGCAAACCUUCAGUUGGCUUUUGCUCAUGUCAUGACUAGUCAAUGUUUCCCUGAUCCAUUUACUGGUAUUAGUGGUGUUGAAUCUGCUAUUGAAAAGUUACAGAGAUUCCAAAUCAAUGUUCCACUUUCCGAUCAAUCAAUGUCGAUUCUCCAAAACAUUGGACAUAUCUCACCUAUUCGUAAUCCAUUCCCACCAUCACAAAAAAAGAAAGACCGUGCUCCCAUAUUCCAAACCGUCGAGUACACUUACCCCAAGUUACCAGCCACCUAUGACUUUUUGGUUAUUUAUGCACUCGAUCUGAUUGCAAAGUCCAACGGUCUGUCAUUCCUUCAUCCACAUCAUCAACAACAACAAAAAGAAAAGGAAGAGAAGGAAAAGGACGAAAAAGACAGAAAACAAUUGCCCAAGGUCGCCAUGUUGAAUGAAAUUGCAUGCAUUCGAAACCAACACAUGAUUCCAAUUCAAUCUGUGCCAAUUAGUUCUAGUACACUCAGCAAAUACAAGAAAAAGGAAUACUUGGCUGGACAUUCCCCAACCGAUGUAGUAGGAUACAUUGCACGUACUGCCUACCUCUUUGAAACACCACAAGUCGGUAUGCCAAUUAUCAACUUUGACCCAGUCGAAUUUAUCAAGCAAUCGGUUAUUUGCAAGGGUAUGCGUGGUCCAGUCUAUUACAACAGUUUCGCAGACUUGUUUAAUCUUGCGUUCCCACUCGUCAAGGAUGAGAGACAAAUCGUUUCAGAGUAUUGGAUUUCAUUGUACACCUAUCUUUUCAAGGUGGGAAGAGGAGACUCUGAAAAAUUCAAAUAUGUUUUGACCUAUCUCCAACUGUACUGGGGUUACCAGAAACAAACGUUUGACCAUCUCGUAUUCCUCUGUCGUACGGCUACUCCCAUUCCCGACCCUGAACUGUACAUCAAGUUGACAACCUACCCCAACCCAGCAGAGACAUUCUCAGAGGGACCAAUCAAAUCGGCCAUUGAGAAAUUCUAUCUCCAAGACAAUGAUAUGUCGAGCUAUGGUGUUGUCAGAGGUAUAUUAAAACAAGCUCUCAUUGCCAACGUAUGGGAAAAGACAGCAGGUGAGAUUAUUGCACCCAAGUACAUUUGGAAUAUCAAGCCUGGAUCACCACACACUCAACACGUCGAUGUUGAUUCCCUCAAUGUAGCAUUGACCAGAAUCUUCCAGACAUGGAUUGAUAAUCGUAAACUUCAACAGUUUGGUGAAAAGGUGUACCAUAUUAUUAGAGAAGCAGACUAUAACACGAUCGAUGUGCCAAAGAGCAGACUUGUGCUGAUUCAAGCAAACAUUGCACAAGACAUGGAAGAGGAUGAGUUUUAUAUGGGCAUCCACGCACAAGGACAGCAAGCUAUCGAGUCACCAAUCGACCAAAGAUGGUUAGACUUGUGGGAGAAUGGUUAUGACGUUGAAUUUGAACAGGCACUCAACAAUUUGAACCAACAACAAGUACCUACCAACCAAAUGAUUAGAACACCUGCUUUGGACUCGUUUUUGGAGGUUGCCAACAUUGACACUACAAUGAAGAGCAUUUUCUAUCAAGAUUUGAAAGAGAGCAAAAUUUCACUCGUUCAACACAUCAAAGAUACCAACGAUACACGUGGUGUAUUGGCAGGUGAUGACAAGAUCAAAGCCGAGCUCACCAACCUACUCGAACAAAUCAACGAAUGUUCAGCUGACAUUUGGAAGAUUGUAUCUACCUAUUAUCAUGCAUCAAAUGAUGAUCUCCAGAAAAUGUAUCAAAUUGUAGGUCUUAAAAAGAAACCAGUUUGGAUUACAGCCUAUGCCGAUUUUGACAAACAACAACUCUACAAGAACCAAGAAAAUUACAACGAGAAUACACUUCCAGAAAAGGUGUAUCAAUUGAUUGGUGCUCACAUCCUACUUCGUACCUACUCUCAAAAGGUCAAGAGAUGUAUGACCAAAAAGAAUGGAGACUUGCAGUCUGAACUUAAACAUACUAGAUUCACUCGUAAAUGGGUACCAUCUCAAUACCCAUCUUGGAUUCUUUUUGAAUUGGAACAGAAUCUAUGGAUUCGUGACGAUCAGGCUGAAAUUGCAAUGAUGCUGCUUAGUAGUGAAAAGAAUGUCUGUACGCAGAUGCAAAUGGGUGAAGGUAAAACAUCGGUUAUUCUACCCAUUAUGUGUUUGGCCAUGUCCAACUCUGCCAAGGGAGUACCUAGAAUCUCUGUUUUACUCUCACUGUUCAAGACCACUAUCCAGGAUCUUCAAAAACGUCUUGCCUCUGCCAUCAUCAACCAUCCCAUCUUUGUAUUCCCAUUCAAGCGUGAUAUGGGCAGCGUACUCAAGAAUGAAGAGAUUGAAAAGGUCAAACAAAAUCUCGAGAGUUGCAAGAGAGAACGUGGUAUCAUUUUAUGUCACCCUGAACACUUUUUGUCAUUCAUGUUGUACUGGAAACUUCACUUUGAAAAGCUUGGCUCGAUGCGUCAUAUUCUAGAAUGGUACAAUGACAAUGUAUUUGAUAUUAUGGAUGAAUGUGAUGAAUUGCUUUCAUUUAAAUACCAAUUACUCUAUCCAUGUGGUACAAAGUCUAGCUUGGAUGGUGGAUCUGGUAGAUGGUCUCUUAUCCAAGAGGUACUAUUAGAGUUGAAAAAACUCCCUCAUCAAGGUUUAAAUGACCACGUUGUUGAAUGGAUAGACAGAGGAUCGGCAAGAUUCCCAAUGAUCACUGUUUAUGACCCUAAAGAAGGUUUGGUUCUCUGCAAGAAACUCUUGGAUACCAUGUUAAGUAAUCUUCCAUUCCACUCUACCACCGAGCAAAGUCAAUGUAUUCAAAAGUUUUGUUGGAAGGAUAUUGACACUUCGCUACAAGAUCACCAAGAAAACUAUAAAAAGAUCCAAUCGUUUAGCAAGAAUCAAGAUAUUAUCAAUAGAUUGUUGGUUUAUAGAGGUUUGUUUAGUUAUGAUAUCCUCUUGCACUCUUUGCAAAAGAUUUGGUCCAAGGAUUAUGGCACACGUGACUUGGAACGCAAGACUGGCAACCAUUCAACACUGAUGGCUGUUCCAUACCGUGCCAAAGACACACCAUCUGAACGUGCAGAGUAUGGACACCCAGAGUUUUCAAUUCUCCUCACUCACUAUACCUACUAUAGUCAAGGUUUGAACUUGAAACAAUGUAAAGAGGCGUUGGACCGAUUGUUAAACAGAUACAAACACACAGCUGCUGACAUUUACAAGUCAUGGGUCGAAUUUGAUGGAACCAUCAGUGCAGAGUACUUGGACAUUAAGUGUGUCUUGUUGUCUGACAGUUCGUUGGUCAAAGAACUUCACACACUCUUUAAAUACAACAUGAAGACAAUCAACUUUUGGUUAAACGAAUUUGUAUUCCCACAAGAACUCAAGACCUACUCUGACAAGUUGUCUGCCAAUCCAUGGCAUAUAGUAUCGGAAAAGAAACUUAGAUCAUCUGGUUUCUCUGGUACCAAUGAUACUAGAUGGCUCUAUCCCAUCUACAUCUCUCAACAGGAUCUUGGAAAGUUGAAAUACACCAACAUCCAAGUCAUCCAUUAUAUUCUCGGUCAACAAGCUGCCUACAAUGAAGUACAUGUACUCAAGCGAUCCGACGACAUUAUCCAAAGAUUGGUAGAUAUGAAAGUCAACAAGAAUGUAUUCCCCAAUGUGUUUAUUGAUGCUGGUGCACUCAUGGUAGAUCGUACCAAUCUCAAAGUUGCCAAGACAUGGUUGGAAAUGACACCAAGAGAACGUGUUGAUGGUGUUGUCUUUUUCCAUGAAGAUAAGCUUACAACACUUGAUCGUGAAGGCAAACUCCAUCUCUAUGACCAGAGUACUUUUACCGAUCGUAUGGAUCGUGUGUUGGUGUAUUUGGACGACUACCAUACACGUGGUGUCGACAUUAAACUGCCAGUUGGUUCUCAUGCCAUCGUCACGGUCGGUGUCAACAUGACCAAAGAAAAGCUCCUUCAAGCAUGUAUGAGAAUGAGAAAACUGGGUAAUGGUCACACCAUUUCCAUGAUGAUUAGAGAGCAGAUGGAUGUAGGACACAGUGUAAACGAGAUUAUCCAUUGGACCAUUUCAAACUCGAUCAACCAUAUUAUCUCUGGUUUCCCACUUUGGUCAUUCCAAGGUAUGGAGUUUUCUCGAAGCAAUGUUGGUUUGGGACUUGCCGAUACCAACUCCAAGGUCUUUCAAAAGAUCUCAUCGUUCCCUUCUCGGGUCACACUCGACAUUAUGUAUGCAGGUCACUUUACCGAGCGAAAGAUUGUCGAUGUCGUACAGGAACAUAGCAAGAUUGUAAAGGCGAUUUUCAAAGUCAAUACAAAGGGACUUGACGAAGAACUCCAACAAGAUCUACUCGACAAGCAAAAAGAGAUCUUGUUUAACAUUAACAAACACACCAAUACGCUCAUCCCCGAUGCAACCGUAUCUUCAGUGUCAUUGGAAAUGGAAGAGGAACGUGAAUUUGAAAUAGAACAGGAAAACGAAGAAGAACGUCAGCUUCCCGGCAAUGCCAACCCUGUCGCUCUCAAUGCCAUCGAUCGCAGUUUGUUGGAUCUCGUUAUUGGACGAAAGACCAUCAAAGACAAGAUUGAAUGUAUCAAGCCAAUUGCCAAGAUCUUUUCACAAACCUCUCUCGACGGUCUCAUCCAACAAGGUUUGUUUAGCACCAAGCUACACGUAACCUCUGCCUUUUUAAAUUCCGUGUCUGAUGAUAUCAAGCGUGACGACUAUUUCAAGCAACUCAACUAUUGUCUGUGUAUUUGGAAUGCAGAUGGUAACCCAGACAUCAUCCUCGUAUCAAUGCAUGAAGCAUCCCAACUUCUUCCUUUUAUCACAAAGCAUUUAAAGAAUCCAACCAUCCUCAAGGGUUCUUUGCAUCAAACCCUCAGUCACUGGAAUGCCAACCAAGAAGAAUACUUUUUGAAACAGUAUACGCCCGUCCCCGCCCACGUCACUCCAGACCACCUCCAAUCUACAUUCCUUCAAAACCUUUUGCUCCAUUUGAAUGUACUCAAUGGAAGCAAAUACUUUGACAAUCGUCUCGAAGAAUUACAUGAAUUCCUCGGAAUCUAUAUAUCAAAGGACAGAGACGUAAUGUGCCAACUCAUCGACAAGGGCUUUGUUGACAGUUUGGGAUAUGUCGUUAAACUCCCCGCCAAGAAACCUGCCGACCUCGAGGAUGACGCCGUCUGGGAGAAACUCAAAUCUACCAAAACCUCUUGCAAAUUUAAAUCAAAUCCUUUACUCUUUAUUCGUAGAAACUUUGAAUUAAAUAGAAUUCAUUCACUAAACUUUAGUGAUUUCCAAAAUCUUUUAAUUAAUAAAUAA